UGGAAGGGAAUCCCGUACGCCGAGCCCCCAGUCGGUUCGCUCCGCUUUAUGCCUCCCAAGGCCCUCGCGGCUCAGGGCUCGGACGUCAUUGACGUGACAGACAAUGCCCUGCGGUGUGUACAGUUCGCUGGCGCGCCGUACGGGAUCGUCAACAGCAACAUUGUCGGUCCGCGCUCUGGCCCCGGUCAAGAGGACUGCCUCAAGUUGUGGAUCUGGAAGCCUGCCAAGGCCAAAGCUGGUGACAAGCUCCCCGUCAUGUUCUACAUCCAUGGAGGCGGUCUGCAAUUCAGUGCGGCUCCCAAUAACGACUUUAGCGACUGGGUUGGCCAGAGCCAAGACUUCAUCGCCGUCAAUGUCGGCUAUCGCCUUGGAGCUCUUGGUUUCAUGGCCCACCCUUCCCUGCCCUCAGCCAACGCCGGUCUGCUCGACCAGCGCCAGGCCCUCCGUUGG